AUGGCCCAAGUUAUUGUCGUCGGUGGCGGUCUCGCCGGUCUCUCUGCUGCUCACACUCUCCUCGAGCGUGGCGCUAGCGUCUUGUUGCUCGACAAGCAACCUUUCAUGGGUGGAAACUCUACCAAGGCCACCUCUGGUAUCAACGGUGCUGGAACCAACUCCCAGCGCCAUUUGAACAUCCCCGAUACUCCUGAGACUUUCUUCGCCGACACCAAGAAAUCCGCUCGUGAUCUCGCCCGUGACGACCUUAUCCGAGUCCUCACCUACAAGUCCGGCGAUGCUGUCAACUGGCUGCAAGACAAGUUCCAACUUGACCUCUCCAAGGUCGCUCGUCUCGGCGGCCACAGCCAGCCCCGUACUCACCGUGGUGAUGCCCAGUUCCCCGGAAUGGUCAUGACCUACGCACAGAUGGAGCGUCUCGAGGAUCUUGCUGUUUCGGACCCCGACCGCGUCAAGAUUAUCAAGAAGGCUCGCGUUACCAAGCUUCUCAAGGACGAGUCUGGAGCCGUCGUCGGUGUUGAAUACAGCCACGCUGACAAGACCCACACUGCCUAUGGCCCUGUUGUUCUCGCCACUGGCGGUUAUGCCGCUGACUUCACUGAGGACUCCCUCUUGAAGAAGCACCGCCCCGAGUUCUGGAACUUGCCCACCACCAACGGUGAGCACUGCACCGGUGACGGCCACAAGCUCGCCCUCGCUGCAGGUGCCAACGCCGUCGACCUUGAGAAGGUUCAGGUUCACCCCACUGGCCUCGUUGACCCCAACGAGCCCGACGCCAAGGUCAAGUUCUUGGCCGCUGAGGCCCUUCGCGGUGUCGGUGGUCUCUUGCUCGACAACACUGGUGCUCGGUUCGUCGAUGAGUUGCAGCACCGUGACUACGUCACCGGCAAGAUCUGGGAGAAUGGAAAGUACCCCAUCCGACUCGUCCUUAAUGGCCAGGCCUCCGAUGAGAUCGCCUGGCACUGUAAGCACUAUGUCGGUCGUGGCCUCAUGAAGCGAUUCGACUCUGGUGAGGCCCUCGCCAAGGAGUUCGGUGUCGCCCCUGCCGUUCUCAAGAAGACCUUCGAGGACUACAACCAGUCUGUCCGCACCAAGAAGGAUCCCUUCGGCAAGAAGUUCUUCCAGGGCGAAUGGAAAUUCGACGACUUCUUCCACGUCGCUAUCAUGACCCCCGUCCUCCACUACACCAUGGGUGGUCUCGAGAUCGACGCCGAGUCUCGUGUCCUCGGCACCAACGGCAAGCCCAUCCCCGGUCUCUUCGCUGCUGGUGAGGUUGCUGGUGGUGUCCACGGUGCCAAUCGUCUCGGCGGCUCCUCACUCUUGGGAUGCGUCGUCUUCGGUCGUGUCUCUGGUGACUCUGCCGCUUCCUACCUUCUCCAGACCCAGAGCGCUGCCGUCCGCAAGGCUGGUGGUCGUCUCGAUGCUUUGGCCGGCCAGCUCGGUGCUCCUUCAUCCCAACCUUCCCCCGCCGCCGCUCCCACCUCUGCCGCCGCUGCCCCUGUUGGAAAGACUGCUGAAGCCGAGUACACCGUCGAGGAAGUUGCCAAGCAUAACACGAAGGAUGAUGUUUGGGUCAUCAUCGACGGCCAGGUCCUCGAUGUGACUAACUUCCUCGCUGACCACCCCGGAGGUGAGAAGGCCAUCCUCCUCUACGCCGGCCGCGACGCCACCGAGGAGUUCAACAUGCUUCACGACGCCAAGGUCAUCCCUCGGUAUGCUCCCGACACCGUCAUCGGCCGAGUUAAGAAGCCAUGAGCAUGAGACGAACGCUUGCUUUCACUCCUGGACUAAAAGUAGCAUCGCACUCUGCUAGAUCCUCAUUACCAUCCAUUACCACUGCAAUAUUUAUCUACUACCCAAGUUAUAACCGGUGUAUUUUAGUACUUCGAUUUAUUGUAUUCUUUUAUUUCCCUCUC